UCAGCUUCCUGUCAGCCAAAUCAAAGACCUGUUCUUCAAUCCAAAAUUUGUUUUGCUUUUUCUUCAGCCACUGAUCCACCCAGUCGUUUCAGGUAUACUCGCCGUAGUCUCCAAUCACCUCCGCCGAAUCGUUCCAUUUUUCCGAAUUUUGGUUUCUGGUAAUCUUCACUUCCAGUGACUGUGAGUCACACAGGUUUCAAGUAUAAAUUGAGUGAUUUUGCAUUGUGAAUUGUGAUGUCUCCGCCACUGCUUGGUGUUGAUGAGGAGGAGGGUCAGAGCGAUGUUACAUUGUUGGCUUCUUCGGGUUCUAUGGAGAGUGUAUGCCAGAACAGUUUGGAACUGAAGGAGCGAAAUUACAUGGGAUUGUCUGAUUGCUCUUCGGUAGACAGUUCGAAGGUCUCUGCUGUCUCUGAUGGAAGUAAAAGUAGUCUGCAUUUGAAGGCUACAGAACUUAGACUUGGGCUUCCUGGAUCCCAGUCUCCUGAGAGAAACUCAGAGGCGAGGGUAAUCUCCACUCAACUUGAUGAGAAGCCCUUGUUCCCGUUGCAUCCUCUAAAGGAUGGCCACCAUUCUUCAUUGCAGAAAACAGUUGUUUCGGGAAACAAGAGAGGUUUCUCCGAUGCUAUGGAUGAGUUCUCAGAGGGGAAAUAUGCUAAUUCAGAGGUAAACCUGUUACUGUCACCCAGACCUUCUCCAAACUUUGGACUGAAAUCUGGUUCUGCUCUUGAGAACCUUGGGACUCAACCACCCAAAACAAAAGAGGUGGCACCAGCAAAGGUAGUACAAGAGAGGCCUCAUGCUGUCAACGAAAGCAGACCGAAUCAUAACGAAAAUAGUACUAGCGGUGCACCUGCUUCCAAGGCGCAGGUUGUGGGUUGGCCACCUAUAAGAUCAUUUAGGAAGAACUCAUUGGCCAGUACAUCAAAAAACACUGAGGAAGUAGAUGGAAAAUCGGGCCCUGGUGCUCUGUUUGUCAAAGUCAGCUUGGACGGUGCACCUUAUUUGAGGAAAGUAGAUUUGAAAAAUUACUCUGCAUACCAGGACCUUUCUUCUGCUCUUGAAAAGAUGUUCCGCUGUUUUACCAUAGGUCAAUAUGGGUCUCAUGGAGCUCCAGGCAGAGAGAUUAGCGAAAGCAAGCUGAAAGAUCUGCUUCAUGGCUCAGAAUAUGUUCUAACUUACGAGGACAAAGAUGGUGACUGGAUGCUCGUGGGCGAUGUUCCUUGGGACAUGUUCAUUGAUACCUGCAAAAGGAUGAGGAUUAUGAAGAGCUCUGAUGCCAUCGGCCUAGCACCAAGGGCCAUGGAGAAGUGCAGGAACAGGAACUAGCCGGUAAUAUACAUUGUGAUGUCUUCCAUCCAACAGUCUGGAAUGAAGGCAAUGCCUAAAACCACGGCAACCAGAUAAAUCGGAGUGCAAGGAUUUGUAGAUCUUUGGGCUGGACGGGACAUCACAGGUGGCUGGUCUUACUAUCUUAAUACUACAUCUGUGUUUUUUGUUUACCGUGGAUUCAUGUUUCCGAGCGUUCUGUUUCUAACUUAUUUACGUUAUCAAAGCUACCGAAACUCAAUCUCUGCAGUUGUAUGUGCACAGGUUCCUGUUCCCAUACAGGAUCCUUAAGUUUGUAAAGUGCCAAUUGUUUGUGAACCUUUUGUGAUGAAUGCGUGUGAGCUAAAACUUCCAAGUUUCUGUCA